CAACAACUUACAAUCGGGUUUCCAGACGCUCUCAUCUCUCAAGUGUUGAUGGUAAAUUGAACUAUAAAAUGCCUCUUGUGAAAGAUCAGAAAUGGUCUGCAUCAGGUGCUGAUGCCUUAAUCGGCCGGUCACUAGGGACCCGUUCGCUGUCGGGUCGAAUGCUUCCAUGUAAGGAAUAUUCCUGCCGGCUGCUUCCAGAUUCGGGUUGGGGGGGGUGGUGGUUCGCUAGGGUUGCAGCUGUAAUCUCAAACCCUCAAGACGACCCACUAUAAAAACCACAGCCCAGGACAUAGGCGCGUACACACACAUAUUUGCAGGGAUCACGGGCAAGCAUGUCGAGCAGAAAAACGAAAAAGAAGGAGGGCGGUGCCAAACGGGCUCAGAGAGCUUCAUCCAAUGUCUUUUCCAGCUUUGAGCAAACGCAAAUCCAGGAAUUCAAGGAAGCUUUUACUUUGAUCGAUCAGAACAGAGAUGGCUUCAUUGACAAAGAGGAUCUGAAAGACACUUAUGCAUCCUUAGGCAAACUCCAUGUCAAAGAUGAUGAAUUAGAAUCCAUGUUACGUGAAGCUACUGGUCCAAUUAACUUCACCAUGUUUUUAAAUCUGUUUGGAGAAAAGUUACAUGGGUCUGAUCCAGAAGAGGCGAUGUUAAAUGCAUUUAAAAUGUUUGAUCCCGAAGCUAAAGGACACAUCAACAAAGACGAACUAAAGCAUAUGCUGAUGACUCAAGCUGACAAAUUCACUGCUGCAGAGGUGGACCAGAUGUUUCAGUCUUCCCCAAUUGAUGCAGCAGGCAACUUGGAUUACAAAUCUCUCUGCUACAUCAUCACACAUGGUGAAGAAAAGGAAGAGUGAAUGGGACGUAUAGUAGUUAUUGGGCUGCUCAGAUCUUUGCAUUUCUCCUUUAUUAUCAAGUUACAUCAACAGUGAAUAAAACCACUUUGUAAAUAGA